AUGGGCCCUUCUGAUCUUUUCGAUCCUUUCAUCGCCUCCGUUUCAGAAUUGCAAAGCCUGUUAAGUGCGGGCGAGCUCAACAGCUCUACUAUCGUCGAUAGCUAUCUCAAGAGAAUCGCAGCAGACGAUGACUACCUGCGCUCCGUCGUAGAAACGACACCAAGAGAGAUACUGAACAAAGAAAUAAAGCGACUGGAUGAUGAGCGAGCUGCUGGCAAAGUUCGCAGUCCGCUGCAUGGCAUUCCCUUUCUUGUCAAGGACAACAUGGCAACGGAUCCAAGUCUUGGGAUGGGGACGACCGCCGGCAGCCUUGCCCUCGUGGGCUCACGGCCGCAUGGGAAUACUCCAGUGGUGCAAAAGGAACUCAACUACUACAGGUCGGAAGGUAUACCUUGCGCAUGGUCUGCAGUCUCUGGACAGAGCCAAUCAGCAUAUGUGAGAGGAGGAUUCCGGGAUGAUGAUACCUUUGGGGGUCACAGUAAUCCUGGAGGUUCUUCGUCAGGCUCUGCCAUUGCUGUCUCGGCUGGGUUCGCUCCAUUUGCCUUGGGCACGGAGACAAUCGGAUCUCUUAUGUUGCCGGCCGAUAGGGCAGCAUUGUACUCAUUGAAGCCAACUGUUGGCACAGUCUCACAAGAUGGAAUAUUCCCUAUAUCCUCUUUGUGCGAUGCUGCUGGACCAAUGACGAAGACUACGAAAGAUCUUGCUGACAUCCUCGACAUCAUCUUGGAUUCUGACAAAGCUCGUAUUCCAGAGGGCGGAUUCUCUACGAUGCUUACCAAAACUUGGCAGGGAAUCAAGAUUGGCUUUUUAGAACCCGAGAAAUGGAUGUAUUCGGAGACCGUUGUGAAAUACGAGGAAAGUGCAACGGAUCAGAUGCUGGCUGAAAUUGGCGAUGUGUACCAAAGGCUGGCAGAGCUCGCAGAAACAAAAUCAGUCUCAUUGAUCUCCUGGGGCGAAGCAACUGACAACGGAAAUAGAGUCAUUGAUAAGUGUUUUGACCGGGACUACAGUGCUGCACUCGAGAAAUAUCUUUCAUCUCUUGACAACUCCAAGAUCCACUCUUUGUCAGAUCUAAUCGAAUUCAACGAGACCCACGCGAAUCUGGAGCUCCCUCCCCGAUACGACAACCAAAACGGGCUCAUCCGCGCUCUGAAUUCAAACAUAACCGACGAAGAGUACGACGAGAUCCUUCAACAUGCACGCCAUUCUUGUCGCGACCUAGGUAUCGACAAAACUCUAAAGGAAAACAACGUCGACAUCUUGCUUGGCCCUGCUGGCCCACUAUACUAUAUCGCCGGAGCAGCAGGUCAGUCAUUUUCUCAGUCCCCUCGUUGAAUACCUUUGUUGAGUCGAUUUAGCAUAUCCCAUCGCGUCCUUACCCCUCAGCUAUUUGAGCUUUAAUGGUCGUCCGUUUGGAUUGGUGGCAUUGGCUUCUGCGAAUCAAGAGGCGCUGUUGAUUAGGGUUAUGAGUGCCUGGGAGGCUACAUUUCCAGCGAGAAAGCCUCCACCUCUGCUUGUUGAGAAGGCGGUGUUGUGAUUAAAGGUAUUGGCAAAUCAUUCUUGUUGUCAUUGAGCAUGGGCUUGGUAUUGUUUAUCGUGCGCCCAUUUUCUAAAUUAAAAACUCUCAACUCAUGGAUUCGCGGAACUGCAAAGAAUUACAUGAUGCGAGUUGAAUACAUUGUUAAAAUUGAUCAACAGUCUUGCACACACUCUUGAGAACGCAGCACGCUUUCCGUUUGUGUCAUCAUUUCUUGAGUGAAAGAUGCUGGGUCCGAAAUAUGUGUAACAUUUAUCUACACUCGUGCCAUUGCGAACCCAGUAACUACACACUGGUAAAGAUAAUAGUAGAGAAUUGGAAUCUAAGUAUCGAUUCUGGCUUAACAUGAGGAAUACCUGACUAUGGUAAUGCUCUCGCGAGCCUUUUUCCCGGAAAGUGCGGCAUGAUCGGAUCGAAUGGAAGCGCUUCAGGUCGUGUUCAAGGCAGAAAAACGCAGGGAGACAAAAGUGUUGAAUUUAGAGUUGUUACCGCCAAAACGCACCGGAAGCGCACGUGCUCACUGGAAACCGGCAUCUCUGGAGAGCGAAGCAUGUGCAGCAGAAGAGAAUUUAAUUUUCGAGGAACGCAGAACUGCAAGUAAAAGGGAAGGGGCAGAAUUAAUUGAUUCGCAUAAGAUGAAUAAGAGAGAAUUCGAGACCGCCUGAAGUAAUUCGAGAGAAAUUGGAGGUACGGGCAGAAAAACGAAACGCAGAUCGCUGCCUCAAUCAAGCAGCGCCUCCUACCUGCAUGUAGGUGCUCAUGCAGUGAGAACUCUAUUCUCAGUGCCGGAACGGCAUUCUCGACAUCGACUAGCGACAUAACAUUCCCAAAAACGAACAACAAAUGACUCAAAAAUGGUAAAAUUGUUUGCCUGGCCAGCGCCUUUAAGAUGCAACAUUUACCUAGAAUCAUUUAACCGAGGAGAGUAAAUAGAACAAGGUUGGCAGUGAGCUGAAGAAGAGCGGCCGAUAUCCGACGUUCGCGGAACUUUCGCAGUAGUCCGCCUUCCGAUGUUUAAGGUUUUGAUUAUUGAGCAUCUCUUCCAAAUCUUCUCAUCGCAUCCUCGCAUCUUACAAAUCUCGCACCGAGAUGCGAAUCCGAGUCUACAAAAUGCAAAUUCCUUUCAAACACAAGAGUUGCGUCAACCAUACCUCAUGUGAACCUGCCGAGGCUUUGUGGCUGGCCUCUCUUUACAAACCCCACACAGCGGCCCCACCCACCUAAGUUCCAAAGCUUUUCUGAGCAGCAAUAAAUUCUGCUUACAACAUAUUUGAUAAGCCAGUGCUCCUUGUAUUUGGAAGCGGUGAGAUGAAACAACUCCCGCUCCGAGACUAGUUUGGUCCUCGAAUUUGUAAUUCUGCCAUUUUGCAUGGCAUGAUGUCAAGGGCGAUGAAUGCCGUGAUUGGGCAAUGCAUGAGAUACCCCCACAGGAUGAUGCGUAAAAAGUUUAAAAGACGUUGCUAGUCAGUUCGAGAGAGAGAAGCUACAGGU